ACAGUCCCACAACGAAACGAAAAGGAAAGAAAAAGAGUUCCGGCUGGAUGGCCCGACCCGAAGCGAAAGGCCACGCCGUACUGGUGCCGUUCCCGGCGCAGGGCCACAUCACCCCAAUGCUCAAUUUGGGGAAGCUCCUUCACCAGAGCGGCCGUUUCUUCAUUACCUUCGUCAACACCCACUACAACCACCGCCGCUUCCUCCGCUCCGGCGGCCCCUCCGCCCUCCACGGCCUGCCGGACUUUCGAUUCGCCUCCAUUCCCGACGGUCUCCCACCGUCCGACGCCGACGCCACGCAGGACGUACCGGCGCUCUGCGCCUCCACGUCGACCAAUUGCCUCGAACCCUUCUGCGACCUGAUCUCGGAGCUGAAUAGCGAUGGCGGGCCGCCGGUUAGCUGCAUCGUCGGCGACGGAGGGAUGACGUUCACGCUGACGGCGGCGGAGAGGUUCGGCGUGGCGGGAGCGCUGCUCUGGACAUCCAGCGCGCCGUCGGUGUUGGCGAACGCGCACUACCGCUCAUUGGUGGAGAAAGGAUACAUCCCUCUCAAAGAUGCAUCUCAGCUCUCCAACGGUUACUUGGACACCAUAAUUGAUUGGGUGCCCGGAAUGCCCAAAGAUAUCCGAUUGCGUGAUUUUUCGUCAUUCAUCAGAACCACUGAUCCCAACGACAUUGUGCUAAAUUUCAUAAUACGAGAGAUUGAUGCCGCUCCUAAAGCCAAGGCUUUGAUCCUCAACACUUUUGACGCUUUAGACAGCGAUAUCCUCAACUCCCUCUCAGCCAUAUUUUUGGCCCCCGUCUACGCCGUUGGCCCCCUCAAUCUCAUGAAAAUCACGACUUCAUCUCGUCAUCUCGAUGGUAUCAAUUCAAGUCUAUGGAAAGAGGAUUUUAGUUGUAUCGAAUGGCUCGACCAAAAGGAACCUCAGUCAGUAGUGUACGUCAACUUUGGGAGCAUAACGGUGAUGACUAUUGAACAACUGACUGAAUUUGCGUGGGGACUUGCCAAUAGCAAUAAACCCUUUUUAUGGGUCAUAAGGCCGGAUGUUGUGGUCGGGGAGAAAGCCAUGUUGCCGCCGGAGUUUUUGAUAGAGACUGAAGAAAGAAGUAUGAUAGUUAGUUGGUGCCCACAAGACCAAGUAUUGAAGCACCCGGCAAUCGGAGGAUUCUUGACGCACUGCGGAUGGAACUCGACAUUAGAGAGCAUUGUUAGCGGCGUACCGAUGUUGUGUUGGCCUUUCUUUGCCGAUCAACAGACAAACUGUCGGUACGCUUGCGUUGAAUGGGGAGUCGGUUUGGAAAUCAACAACGAUGUUAAACGAGACGAGGUUGAGUCGCUCAUUAAGGAGCUCAUGGGCGGCGAGAAGGGCCGGAAAAUGAAGGAAAACGCCAUGGCGUGGAAGGGGAAGGUGGCGGAGGCCAUCGCCCCCGGGGGAACUUCCUACUCCAAUUUCAAUAAAUUGAUCAAUGUCCUUUCGAAUUAAUUAAGAGAUAUAUAUAUAUAUAUAUUUUGCUACUGCUGCUACUUAUGUAUAAGUGUGUGCUGUGGGGAUUUCAUACAUUGAAAUAUUAUUCAUUGCCAUUGUACUUAUUUCUAGUAUGAAUUAUGUUUAUGGGAACUUCGAAA